GAGAGAGAGAGAGAGAGAGGUUGGUGAUCAUAUAUGGCCGAAAUACGAUCAGAUUAAGUCAAUAGUUAGCUUUCGUGUAUGAAAGGCAAUUCUACUUAGAACAGUGAUUUACGUUGGAAGCCAUUCUUAAUGGAGUUGGUUAAUAAAUUCUCCUUUAUUUCUAUGGAGAUGGUGAUUUCUGUCUGAUGGAAAGGCUAAACACGACCUUGAAGGCUCCCAGGUGUGGCAAAUUGGUGCCAAUAGCCUUAGGCAACUGCACAUUGCCAUUGAUGAAAGGAUAUAACAUAAAAUACAAGUAAUCUUCUGAGGCGGCCUGUUGGAGAGUAUAUAUGAUCGCUUAUUUUAUACUGGGCUCUAGGGGUUUUGUCUACAAAGUUACUUGUUCUAGAUCAAGUUAAUCCUCAUUAAUAUGCUAUAAAACCAAGUGCCUUUUCAAGUGUUCACAAUUGUUCUCUCUCUCCAUUUUGAUGUCCAAUAUGAGUAAGCAGACUUCGAAUCUUUAGAUGACAGUGACUGCGAAGACUUAACCAUGAAUCAGAAAUACUGAAAGUUUAAAAUUAGUUUUGUGCUGAUAAAAAUCUCAAUAUCUUUGAAUAAAUUUCGGCAUAUGAUGGGAAGGUUUGAAAAAUUUCAGGAUAUUUGGCUUUAUGUUUAGGGAAGUGCUGUCAUAUGAUAUCGUUAAGGACGUUAUAUCUUUUGACUGUAAAAGGAUAGGAUGUGUCACUAGCUUAAAUGGAUAAAGCAUUUGGCAUGGUUUUGGAACACCUCUAGAAUGAGAUGUGUCAGUAUAUGUGGAAUGAAGGAGAUUGCCUUGUUAUUAAAUUGAAAGCACCGUUACAAUUGUGUUGGAAUUUGCAAUGUGCAUAUCUAAUUCUACUGUAGUUGUGUAAAAUAUAACACGUGAAUUUGUUACUCUCUUUUACGCAGAGUUGCAAAACGUAUAUUAAUCAAAGGCAGCAUAAUUUUUUGCUGGAAUUCUGUUGGCACUCCUAAUGUUUGUGUGCCUUGGCUUUCUCAGUUUAUCCCACCCUGCUAGAGUGCAUGCACGUUGAUGUCAGUGUUUUGAGAACUACAUUAUAUAUAUUUUUUCCUUUUCUUUUGAAUGUCACUAACAAACAUUGGACUGAAUUCAUUCCAUAUAUUUAGCUUGGUGUAGUUGACCUUGACAUCUUCUGCGGGUUUGACUACUUGUGAUGCCAUACAUUUUUCUCUUUUACAUGAAUUCCACCUGGAUGGUGCAACAUUGAUUAAAUUUCUUCACAUAUGAAAAAAGUAUGAAUAAUUGUGCUUAACUUUUACCCAUAUAUGGUAAACCUAACCGAGCCAGAGGCGGAAAAGUACAAAUACCCUGAACUAAAGAAAAGGAAAAUUGACUCUAACCCAAAGACCUGAAUUUUGUGCCCUUUUUUUAUUUAAACUUUUUCUUUUGCAUUUGAAAGAUAUCCUUGAGUUAAUACUGUUAGGUUGGUGCUAGCGUCGGACAAUCCAUUUUGACCCAUUUUAUGGUUUGCACACUUUCACGUUGCCACGUCUUACUGCUGUCUUAUUGUUGAUGCAUUUUCUGUGAUACAUAGAGUGAACUAACAUGCAAUUCUCAUUAUUAAAUUUUUUGUUUUUGUUCUAGCUUUAAGUAUGAGAUAGGCAUCUUGGGGGUAAUUAUGGCCUCCAAAGGUCCACGGUCCAAGCUUGAUCAUGAAUCCCGGGCUAGGCGGCAAAGGGCACUGGAAGCUCCCAAAGAACCUCAACGUCCUAAAGCGCACUGGGAUCAUGUUCUGGAAGAGAUGGUUUGGUUGUCGAAGGACUUUGAAUCAGAGAGGAAAUGGAAAGUUGCUCAAGCAAAAAAAGUUGCUAUAAGGGCCAGCAAGGGCAUGCUGGAUCACGCCACAAGGGGAGAUAAGAGAUUGAAGGAAGAAGAACAGCGGUUGAGAAAAGUGGCGGUUAAUAUUUCUAAGGAUGUAAAGAAAUUUUGGACAAAAAUAGAGAAGCUGGUCCUGUACAAGCAUCAACUAGAGCUUGAUGAAAAGAAGAAAGAAGCACUUGAUAAGCAGCUGGAGUUUCUUCUAGGGCAAACUGAAAGGUACUCAACAAUGCUGGCAGAGAACCUUGUAAACUCACCAACUCCUCGGAAACCAAUCAACUCAUACUGUACUCAAGAGCAAUUGAGUAUUCAAUGGAAAGAAGGGGGUGAGGAUGGUAGUAAUAAGACAACUGAUUCAAACACUGGUAAGAAAAUGGUGAAUUUAUUGAGAGAAGCCAAGGAAUGGGCAGGAUCUGUUGCAUGGUGGAAUUCCUUGAGGUGCAGGAGAAAACCCAUGUAUUCAACCAGUCUAAGAGAGCUUGUCACGGUGAAGCAUCCUGUCAAUAAUGUUCAUCAUUGGAAAUAUAAUACUGUGUCUCACACGCACUCCUCUAAGCUUGCUGCAAUUGUACUGUCACCAGUAGAAAGAUUGGAAAAAAUGGUUGAUCAAGUUGAAAGUUUCAUGUUUGCAAUCCCAGCUGCACGUGCCCCGCCCCCUGUUUGCUGGUGCAGCAAUGGCGGAACAAAUGUGUUUAUUCACGAAAUGUACAAGGACAGAUUCACUGAAAUUUUAUCUCCACUUCUAUUCCCCGUUCGCCCUGCUAUUGUGAGAAGGCAAGUCUAUUUUCCUGAUAGGAGACUUAUUCAGUUUGACUGUGGAAAGUUGCAGGAGCUUUCGGCUCUGCUUAGACGUUUGAAAUAUGAAGGUCAUCGAGCACUUAUAUUCACCCAAAUGACAAAGAUGCUUGACAUUUUGGAGGCCUUCAUAAAUUUGUAUGGUUACACUUACAUGCGUCUAGAUGGUUCCACUCCACCAGAAGAAAGGCAAACAUUAAUGCAGCGGUUUAAUACAAACCCAAAAAUAUUUCUCUUCAUUCUGUCGACACGCAGUGGAGGUGUUGGCAUUAACCUAGUUGGUGCAGAUACAGUCAUUUUCUAUGAUAGCGACUGGAAUCCAGCUAUGGAUCAACAGGCACAAGAUCGGUGCCAUAGGAUUGGGCAAACUCGUGAAGUUCACAUCUAUCGGUUGAUCAGUGAGAGUACCAUUGAAGAAAAUAUCUUAAGAAAGGCGAACCAGAAGCGUGCUCUUGAUGAUUUGGUUAUACAGAGUGGAAGCUACAACACAGAAUUUUUCAAAAAACUGGAUCCCAUUGAAUUGUUUUCAGGCCACGGAAAAAUUCCUGCUAAGAAUAUGCAAAAAGAGAAAGUUUCCCACGAUGGUGGCGACAUUACUCUGUCUAGUGUGGAUUUGGAGGCUGCAUUGAAAAAUGCCGAAGAUGAGGCUGACUAUAUGGCAUUGAAGAGAGUUGAACAAGAGGAGGCUGUUGACAAUCAAGAGUUCACUGAGGAGGAAGCCAUUACGAAGUUGGAAGAUGAUGAGCUGGUUAAAGAAGAUGAUAUGAAGCCUGAUGAGCCUGCUGACCAUGGUUUCUUGAACACUACAUUUAACGAAGGUGCUGUGGCUAUAAAUGGAAGUGAUGCUAUUGACGAAAGGGCACUCACUUUUGCUGGUAAAGAAGAUGAUGUUGAUAUGUUGGCAGAUGUCAAACAGAUGUCUACAACUGCAGCUGCUGCAGGACAAGCAAUCACGUCCCUUGAGAAUCAACUGCGUCCCAUUGAUCGAUAUGCCAUUCGUUUUUUCGAGUUAUGGGACCCCAUUAUAGACAAGGCUGCUGUGGAAUCAAACAUUCAUGUUCAGGAAACAGAAUGGGAGCUGGAUCACAUUGAGAAGUUAAAAGAGGAUAUGGAAGCAGAGAUUGAUGAUGAUGAAGAACCUUUUGUAUACGAAAGAUGGGAUGCUGAUUUUGCAACUGAGGUGUACAGGCAACAAAUUGAGGCACUGGCUCAACAUCAGUUGAAGGAAGAGCUAGAAUGUGAAGCCCAAGAGAAUGAUGCAUUGGAAUGUGGAAAUUCUGAUUCUUUGAGAGUGGAAUACAGGCCUUGGAUCAAAUGGGCCGAUGCCGGCGCGGAGCGGAGUGGAGUGAGAGGAGUGGAGCGAUGGCAUCGGCCUUGCGCGGAUUUAGUUCACUGUUUGGUUGUUAGGGACGCUGAAACGGUACAUGGGUAUUUUCUGUAUGGGUCUUAAAGUGUUAUAUGGGCUCAGGUUGGAGUUAGUAUAAAUAAUAUGUUGUAACCCUAUUUUUAAUAACUGAAUAAAGAAAUUUUCGCUUCG